AUGUAGACUGCUUCUACAAACAUUUGUGAAAGAAUGGGUAGUUCUCAGGAGCCCAGUGACUUCAAGCGUGGUACCGUGAUAGGUUGCCACCUGUGCAAUAAGUCCAUCCGUGAAAUUUCCUUGCUACUAAAUAUUCCACGGUCAACUGUUAGUGGUAUUAUAACAGUGAAAGUAGAAGCAACUGGGAACAACAGCAACUCGGCUACGAAGUGAGUGGGGCAGCGCAUGCUGAAGCACACAAUGCGCAGAAAUCUCCAACUGCCUGCAGAGUCAAUAGCUAAAGACCUCCAAACUUCAUGUGGGUUUCAGAUUAGCACAACAGUGCGUAGAGAGCUUCAUGGAAUGGGUUUCCAUGGCCAA